GAAAAUGGCAGACAGCUUUUCGCUUAACGAUGCCUUAGCUGGCUCUGGAAACCCAAACCCUCAAGGAUGGCCUGCUGCAUGGGGGAACCAGCCUGGGGCAGGGGGCUACCCAGGGGCUUCCUAUCCUGGGGCCUACCCAGGACAGGCUCCUCCAGGGGCGUACCCUGGGCAGGCUCCUCCUAGUGCCUAUCCUGGCCCAGCUGCUCCUGGCGCCUACCCUGGCCCAACUGCCCCUGGCACCUACCCUGGCCCAACUGCCCCUGGAGCUUAUCCUGGACCCUCUGCACCUGGAGCCUACCCAGGGCAACCUGGGGCACCCGGAGCCUACCCUAGCGCCCCUGGAGCCUAUCCUGCUGCUGGCCCGUAUGGUGCCCCUGCUGGACCACUGACAGUGCCCUACAAUCUGCCCUUGCCUGGAGGACUCAUGCCUCGCAUGCUGAUCACAGUCACGGGCACAGUGAAGCCCGGUGCAAACAGGAUAGUUGUAAAUUUCGUGAGAGGGAAUGACAUUGCCUUCCACUUCAACCCCCGCUUCAAUGAAGACAACAAGCGAGUCAUCGUGUGCAACACCAAGCAGGACAAUAACUGGGGAAGGGAAGAGAGACAGUCCGUCUUCCCGUUUGAAAGUGGCAAACCAUUCAAAAUCCAAGUACUGGUUGAAGCUGACCACUUCAAGGUCGCAGCCAACGACGCUCACCUGCUGCAGUACAACCACCGGAUGAAAAACCUCCGAGAAAUCAACCAGCUGGCGAUCUCUGGCGACAUCUCGCUCACCAGCGCGUCACACACCAUGAUCUAGUCCAGAAGGGGGGGGGGGGGCUGAGAC